AUGGAUCGCCUUCCGGACGAGAUCCUCCUUCUUAUUGUUGACAAUAUCGUCUUGUUCAAAGAUAAAUACCAGUUCCUCCUGGUUUGUCGCCGUUGGCGGUCAGUUCUCUUUAAGGCAGUCUACGACUAUGUUUGGAUUGAGGGAUCUCAGAUUCGCCCUCUUCUCCUGGCCAUCCAGGAGAACCCCGCGAUAGGAUCUUCCAUCAAAGAUUUCAGGUUGCAUUGGUGGUCCUCCUAUACAAGGGAGAAGCAGAAUCACGAUAUUACUUCUGUUCUACCGCUUGUGAAUCGGAUCAGCCAAUCAGAGGCGGAAACGAAAGAAUGGGAGGAGGCUUUGAUAGAGGGCAAUCAAGAUGCAUGGCUUGGCCUACUACUCUUGACCAUGGAAAACAUGACCAGCUUGUUAAUGCACUAUACAUGGGGAGUCAAAUUUUUCAAUCGAGUUCUCUCACGUGCCGCAAUGCGCGAGAAGCCAUUUGACACGAUGCCAAUUCUACAGCACUUGGAAGACGUCGGGAUCGACUCCUCGGACGAUAACAAAGCAUGGUAUCCCAAUAACGAGUUCCUCCCUUUCUUCCACCUCCCGUCCGUGCGGUCUGUGAGCCUGGAUUCCGUGGUUGAGUCAAUGGUUACUCAAAUUGAUCACCCAGCUUUUAAGCCUGCUAAGGGGACCUCUCCAAUUGUUGAGCUAGAAUUUGGUGUAAACCCCAAUGGCAGCAAAGGCAUGGCGGACUUUAUCACAUCGUGUGCGAAUCUCGAAAAUUUCAAAUUCCAACACUCGAAUCAGGUGAUAUGGGGAGAACGAUAUAUGAAUUUCCGUCCUCGGGCAUUCUAUUCUGCGCUUAGUACGCAAAAGCACAGCUUGCAGGUCCUUCAUCUGAACGACCGAGGGGAGACGGGUAGCUCAGGAUUUGACGAGGAUGUGGAAGAUGGUGAUCCGCCUCCAAUCGACUGGUUCGGGCCAAUGGUGGAUUUCACUAAGCUAUGGGAUCUCCGGAUUCCCGUCGCCACACUGCUGAAUUUCCACUUGAGUGAUGACCGACCAAGAGUAUCGUCGCUUAAAGAGAUCUUGCCGCCUAGUUUGAAAUACCUAGCUGUGACACAUUUUGAAUCCUCUCAGACGGAUCAAGUCAUGUCCAAUAUGUUGGAGGUGGUGGCUUGUCGGAAGGAGAAGUUUCCGCAUCUCGAGGAAGUGGAAAUCCAGACGUAUUGGUCAAAUCUUCAUGCGAGUUCAUCUGCCAAGGAGGCUUUUACGCCACUGGUUCGAGCUGGUGAAGAUGCGGGAGUCGAUAUACUUGUGUUUCCUUCUUAUUACAGGCAGAGGAGAGGAUAG